AUGAGCCUUGAUCCGAGUGCCUUUCCGAGGUCGAACUCCCCCGCAAGCUCCGACAGCUCCCUGACGCGAACGCGCCUACAAGGAAGAGAAGUGUCUCUCAAGAAAGAUAAAAGCUAUCGCCGUUACGCGUCCAGUGUCGAACGGGCCUUGUCGUUGUUUGAUAGCGCAUUGCAAGAAUGGGCCGACUACAUUUCAUUCCUGAGCCGUUUGUUGAAGGCGCUUCAAAAUCAUCCUCCAGAUCAACCAGUGGUACCCCAUAAAGUAUUAGUCUCGAAGCGACUCGCCCAAUGUUUGAACCCGUCAUUGCCAUCGGGGGUUCACCAGAAGGCUUUGGAAGUUUACACUUACAUCUUUGGCUUGAUCAAGCUUGAUGGGUUGUCGCACGAUCUUCCAUUAUACCUACCUGGCCUAGCCCCGACCUUGACUUUCGCUUCGCUCACAGUUCGCCCAUUAUUUCUUUCGUUGGUGGAAGGCUACAUUGUUGAUUUGGAACCGCGAGCUAUUCGCCCGGCUCUGAAGGCAAUACUUUUAGCUUUGCUCCCAGGUCUCGAGGAAGAGACAAGUGAUGACUUUGAACCAACGUUGCGCAUCAUCAACAAACUUCGUGAUGUGGGUGGCCGACUGGAGACACAGAAAAUAUCGGACGUAGGGGCUUCUGGGCAGUAUUUCUGGCAAUGUUUAUUUCUUGCAUCCAUCACGAACUCCAGCAGACGGCUUGGGACCCUGGCCUACUUAAACCGAUACCUCCCAAAGCUCGGCAUAGCAGAUCGCCGGAGAAGUAUGAGUGAAAGUGGGGAUGUUCAGGAGUUGCCUCCAGCGAUGGUGGCUGCUGCCGAGUCGGUGAUCCUCCCGGAACCUGGACUAUUGGUACGAUGCUUUGCAUCUGGUCUAUCAGAUGAACAACUUUUGGUGCAGCGAAAUUUUUUGGACUUACUUGUCACUCAUCUACCGCUCAAUUCUCCAAUUCUACAGUCUCGGAUUACCGAAAGUGAUCUCGAAACAUUGGUUAUUGCUGCUGUCGGUGUGGUCACUCGACGUGAUAUGAGCUUGAAUCGGCGACUAUGGGCUUGGUUCCUUGGGCCAGAGCCUGCGAAUGAAGGAACGUCUACAGAUGGACCCCAAUCUCCCUCUGAGGUCGUCCAACCGGCGACAUCUGGCGGCACGGAGCUCUCGCAAUCGCAAUAUUUCAGUCUUUUAGGCUUGAAGCCCUUAGUCAACGGCCUGCUCCGUAUGAUCGAAGGAGGCUCAAAUAGCCCCUCAGAAAGAACCAAGCCUUUCCGAAUCGCUCUUUCCCUGAUGGACCGCUGGGAAAUUGGCGGGUACAUAGUGCCUUCUGUCUUUCUCCCCAUAAUUCGGAGCGUGCAGGCGUUUGAGCAAGACUGCCCCAAAAGUCAAUUGGAGGAAGUUUUCCGCAGUGCCAGUGCCUUUUUCGAUGGCGUUGAGAGCAGUGUUAUCUUUUCGGAGCUUCUACGACUUGUUGACUUCCGUUCCGGUGACAUGGAAAAGGACAAUGACCAAGUCCUCCGCGAUCUUGGUCUAGCCAAAUUCACUAUUGAGAAUUUCAAUGUCCGAGAGGAAGACAUGCUCGAAACCCAUAUUCCUCUUUUGACACUGUCUGUCCUUGUGAGGAUGCGGGAGAUCUCUUCAUAUACACCCCAAACCGAUUCAAGUGUCGACAGGCAGACUGUGAUUGAUGCAUUGAACAAUGUUCUCAAAUCGCUGAUGCCCUUAUUGACCGAGAGAGCCUUCGCUAAGAAGCUAGGCUACGAGAAGUCGUCUUCUGCUGAGUCAAAGGCCCGAGAGACCGAUAGCCUGGAAAAGGUGCAUAUCUUUUAUGAAAGCAGUAAGAACAGCUUAGAACUUCCGCAACUACCAUUCCCUCCCAAGCAGCUUGGGGAAAUGAUUGUUCGAGAGGCCCAUGAGUUAGCCAUCGGAGCUCUGCAGACCGACAAAACCCCUGCUUUACACGACAAACUCGAUUGCCUUGUCUCGUUGUUAACGAAGCUCCCCAAGUCUCGUAUUUUACGGGACGGUCGACUAUAUGGGGCAAUGUUGCAAAGGCUCCCCACGAAAGAAGUUGUCUCCACAAGUGCAUUUGCAACUCUUUCAACUAUAACUUCCGCGGUCACAAAUCUGUACUUCAUACACACGGUUGGCUUUUAUGUUAGCUACGAGGAUAUCUGCAAUCUUGUUCCCAGUCUCGUUGAACAAUUUUGGCAUUACCUAUCACCACUAAGCGCCAAAUUCCAUGUCGAGGCCGUCCGAUGUCUGUGGCUUCUCCAUUCAAUCUCUUGGGUAGACCAUCUUGUGGAGGCAACCAUAACUAGCUUAAUGAUCAAUUCUUCGACGUCAGGGUCUUACCACCUUUCUACCGAAGAACAAGCAGAGCGAUUCUAUGUGCUUUGGAACCACAGCCACCACGGGUCACAUGAGCAGCCACCAAAGCAAGUCUUUGAAGUUGGAGGGACGCCAUUCUCCUACCAAUGCUCAUUGCUUGAGCGUCCGCUUUUUAUUGCCCUGGAUCUACUAUCCCGCGAGCCAGGAGAUGUUUCCCAAAGUGUGCAGCAAUGGCUUCAAGAUCUGCCAACGAUCCAUCGAAUUUUUCAGAUUAUUGUCCUGAAACUUGACGAAUUAUUUGAGCACGAGACCCCGAGUGCUGUUGCUGAAGAAACUCGGUCCAUUUCGCCUGACGACUACAAGGAAUGCAAUUACUUGCUGCGAACAGCGUCGAACAUGAUCACCUCUCUCUCACACAAUGGAUGGAUCGCACUUCUCGCUCAUGACUUGGAUCAGACAGAUAAACAGGACAAGUCAAAGUCUGAAGGCACUGCGAAUAAGCAAAGUCUUCACGCCGCUAUUUUCGAGGCAACUCACCGGAUUGUGAGUGACCAGGCACAUGGUCCCUCUGAUUUCAACAGGGAGGGCGAGCGAUUACAAAAGGACGCUCUCAAUCUCAUGCGAGAGCUUCUUCUUGGCCCGGGCGCAGAUGAUCUAACUGAGACUGGAAUCGAUGACUUUUUGGUAGAGCGUCUUCUCAUUGCAUUGGAUGCAGGCGGCAGCGUUGUCGUACAGGGCGCCCUCAUUGACACCCUCCUCGCGGUACUCAAGGUACGGUUUGCCCAAGCUUACGUGCCCCCUCAACCACCAAGACCAAGGCAACGAGCUGGUUCGCGAGAGCGCUUGACAAGUCCAUCGAUCUUGUCAUUCACCAGCGACAAAGCAGAGAGGGCGCCAUCAAUUGCAAGCUUUCCCCGCCCUCCAGAGCGACUUCUUGAUUGCUUGUUGAAAGGCAUCAGCUCAGCAAACUCACGAGAAAUCAUUGACCGGUGGAUUUCACUCCUGUGUGAGGUUCUUCCACUAUAUUCUGGUUCAAUUUUCCAGAUUCUUCUCAUGCUAGUGGAAUGUUUCUGCAGGGAGAUCAAAUCUUCCUUCGAGAGACUUCAACUCGGCUUCCAAAAAACAGAGAAUUGGCCCAAAGGCCGUUCUGAGCAUGUUACUAUAUCCCUUCUUACUGGUCUUGAAACAUGCCUCGCCCAUGCCCAUGCACGCCUCCUCGCAGAAGAAUCAAAUGUCCCAACCGCCAAGAGCCCAGAUCAACCUCACAGUUUCUUUGGAAACAUGGUAUCUGGUGUCUUCAACUCAGAUAGUAACCAGAGUCGUACGAAUGCUGCAAAUGACCGGUUGACUGUCCUCCUCUGCUUCCAGGAUGCCUCUUUGGCAUCUUUCCAGUACACCUCACUCCGCAUGCGCAACAGAUCAAGGCGCAUUCUGGAACACUUCUUUGCAGCCGAGGCGCUUGAAUGCCUCGAAACCUUGGUGGAGAUGUGGACUAAAUCCGAUACAGAAUCUGCAGCCCUGAUUUUCAAUCUGUUACAUACCUUGGAUGGCUCAAGCCCGAAGAUAACAAUGCCUGCCGUCUUCAACGCGAUUUACACGCGUACUAACCCAAUUGCAUUAGACCCCGGCCGCAAGUCCUCAUUAACAACCAACCUUUCUGAGUCAGAACUUGCUAGCUUUUUGGUUGCCUAUGCCCGUUCGUUGGAUGACGAUGUGCUAGACGAGAUUUGGGCCGACUGUACAACUUUCCUCCGCGACGUACUAAGCAAUCCGUUCCCUCACCGACAAAUCCUCCCGCGUCUUAUCGAAUUUGCUGCCAUCCUCGGCGUGAAGCUAGAGAAGACCACAUUUGGCGAAGACCGCCGCAUGCGCAAAGAGCUCGGGGAUCUCCUUCUACGGUUACUUACCGCAAUCUUUACAAGUAAGCCUUUAGGGUUGAAUCAAGAUAGCGGCCUUAUGGCACGAUCUUCUACAGACUAUGAUCACACAGCAGUCUCCCAUACCGGGCCGGAUGAUAUGCUAAGCAUCCUCGCUGUUUCCAUGCCGUCCUUUAUUACAACGUUGGGAGACUCAGAUCGUAUCAACUCCGCCAUUAGCGGCGUUUCGACGAACGUAGUCGGCCCCCUCAUCCGCUCGCGCUUGUUCCCCAAUAAUCUCAACCGCAAUGUGAUGGCCCUCCUACAGCAGAUGGCUAAGGUACCGGCUGCGUCGAAGGUGUGGAAGAAAGACAUUGCCGAUUCCUUCAACGACCCACGGUUCUUUGGAUUACACGUUGAUUUAGUUAAACAAAGUUGGAUGGAUCUACUACGCCAGUGGGUGCUUGUGGACAAAGACCGGCUAGCAGACUUAUUGGGUCGACUGCCUCCUCCCAGUGCUGCCGGUAUCAUGUUUGGCGUUGGAGCGUCUGCAGCCCGAUUAGAGGCGGACCGCAAGGCACAGCUUAACCUCCGCCGCAUCGCAGUGCUUCUGCUAUCCGCCAAUGAUGACUACUUUGUGGGUGAACUGCCAGGCUUACUCCAGCGACUGGAAGAUCUCCUUGCCGCAACCAGCUCAUCUUCCCCUUCAUCAGCUACCCGUGCUGAAAUCUUCAUGGUUCUACGGGCCAUUGUGCUCAAGACCUCUGCUCCGGCUCUGGCGCCUUUCUGGCCGUUGAUCAACACUGAACUCCAAGAAGCCCUUGCAGCUGUACCGAGCAGCUCACAGUCAGAUGUGUAUAACCCUUACUCACUCCUUCAAGCGUGCAAGCUAUUGGACACUCUUCUUGUUAUUGCGCCAGAUGAUUUUCAGCUCCUGGAGUGGCUGUUCGUGACUGAUACCAUCGACGCUGUGUACCCACCGAACAAUUGGGAGCCAGUUGCCCUGGCCGAUGAAGUGUCGCAGAGCUUCGGGCGGCGGGAGGUCCUAUCCCCUGCUACCCCAGCAGAGCCAACAGAGCUCGCAGAUCUUGUCGCCCGUGGUGGUCUAAAGCGGCCGUGGCUCAUCUCAGCCCAUAUCCGUGAAACGGCCAAGGACGAGAUUGUCGAGCGGGUUCUCCGACCUUUCUUUGACCGACUGAGCAUCUACGUGUUCGAAAGCACGUAUGGGAUGGAUAGCGUUGAUUUCGGAACCUGCCGGGAUGAUCUACUAGAGGAUCUGUUUAACGAGAGUACCAUGGUGAACUGA